AAUGAAUGUGUUCCAAGGGCAAAGGACCCCCCCACAUGCGUGCGUGGGGGAUUGGUUUCGGAGCGAUGUGUAAUAAAGACGCUUCUGGGGCUCUUGCAUGAAUGGUUGUUUUUUUUCAGAGUGGCUUGCUUCUACUUUUUGUUUAAUGGGUAAUGUGUGGUUUGGGUCCCCUGUAUUCCGUGCGGGCUUGAACUUUGGAAUCUUCUUGGUAUUCUGUUUCUGAAGAGCUGGGUGUCUUUGGGAGGGAGAAUAUGGGAGGGGUUGACCUAAUUUGACGCUGGUUGAGUGACUUCUUUUGAAGGGCAUGGGAUUAGAUUAAGGCCAUUUUCUAGAAGUGGGUAUGUACUAAUAAUGGAGUGGACUUAUAUUUUUUUAUUUGUUUUGGACUGGGUUUCUGAAAGGACUAGCUUUGUUCUAUUAAAUCUAGUGAUUUGAGGCAAUUUUGCUGGUAAAUUUAGGGUGAUUCUGCAAUUUUUGUGCUGUUUUUGGCAGUGUUUCUCAAGGGAAGAGAUCAGCCGGGUUUCUAUUCUGCUCGUAUGAUUGCUCUGUUUGAAGCAAAGCGUUUAUUGGGUUUGGUUUUCUGUGUGGUAUAGUGGCCGAGGAGGGUUCGGUUUCACAUUAGCUUGGCCCUUUUCUUGAAGUUUUGAAGUACUUUCCUUUCGUGAAAAUGGCUUCCGUGAAACUUGGUACCAAAGCUGAUGCAUUCCAACGGCAUGGGCAGGCCUGGUUCUGCACGACUGGGCUCCCGAGUGAUAUUGUUGUUGAAGUUGGGGAGAUGUCGUUUCAUCUUCACAAGUUCCCUUUGCUCUCUAGAAGCGGGUUUAUGGAAAGAUUAAUUGCAGAAGCAUCCGAACAAGGAGAAGAAGGAUAUGUCAUAAACCUUCCUGACAUUCCUGGUGGGGCCAAAACGUUUGAACUUGUGGCCAAGUUCUGCUAUGGGGUGAAACUUGAACUUACUUCCUCAAAUGUUGUGUACCUCCGUUGUUCUGCGGAGCAUCUUGAAAUGAAAGAGGACUAUGGUGAAGGAAAUUUGAUUGUUCAGACUGAGGCCUUCCUGAAUCAAGUAGUUCUACAAAGUUGGAAAGACUCACUAAAGGCACUGCAAACCUGCGAUGAUGUUCUACGCUAUGCUGAAGAACUUAACAUUACAAAAAGGUGCUUUGAGUCGCUGGCCACUAAGGCAUGUACUGACCCAGCUCUAUCUGGGUGGCUUGCCACUGGAGGGAGUGUGUUGUGGAAUGGGAUAAGUACAGGGGCUAGACCAAAUAAUUCAAGUUCAGAUUGGUGGUAUGAUGAUGUAUGUACUUUAAGUUUGCCGCUCUUUAAGAGGUUGAUUUCAGUCAUGGAAACUCGUGGAAUCAGACAGGAGAUUAUUGCCGGGUCCCUCACUUGCUAUGCAAAAAAGUACCUGCCAGGACUGAAUCGGCGUCAGGGAGCCAUUGAGUCCAGUAAUCGUCUGGCACCCGUGGCUUUGGGGGCUCCACCAUCAGAAGACGACCAGAAGCUUUUCCUGGAAGAGAUUGAUAGGCUACUUCCAAUGCAGAAGGGCCUAGUGCCAACUAAAUUCCUAUUUGGUCUACUUCGAACAGCCAUGAUUCUUCGAGUGAAUCCCGCUUGCAUAUCAAGUUUGGAGAAAAGAAUUGGGAUGCAGCUUGAUCAAGCUACACUGGAAGAUCUGUUGAUGCCCAAUUUCUCUUAUUCCAUGGAGACACUAUACAAUGUUGACUGUGUGCAACGGAUUCUUGACCACUUUCUUGCAAUGGAUCAGAUUUCUGGUGGGACUUCCCCUGGUGCAAUUGAUGAUAGUCAAUUUAUCGGGUCACCUUCGUUGACACCAGUCACGAUGGUAGCCAAGCUAAUUGAUGGGUAUCUUGCAGAGGUUGCCCCUGAUGUUAAUUUGAAGUUCCCCAAAUUUCAGGCUCUUGCUGCUGCAGUUCCUGACUAUGCCAGGCCCUUGGAUGAUGGACUUUAUCGUGCAAUAGACAUUUAUCUGAAGUCACACCCAUGGUUGGUAGAGUCCGAAAGAGAACAACUCUGCAGGCUGAUAGACUGCCAGAAGUUCUCCUUAGAAGCUUGCACCCAUGCUGCACAGAAUGAGAGGCUUCCUCUUAGAAUAGUAGUUCAAGUUCUCUUCUUUGAGCAGCUUCAGCUUAGGACCUCCAUUGCAGGCUGCUUUCUGGUCUCAGAUCAUCUUGAUGGAUCAAGACAGUUAAGAAGUGGACCUGCUGGAUCUAAUGAGGGAGGCUUGGCCACAACUGUGAGGGAGAAUCAGGUUUUGAAGGUGGGGAUGGAUAAUAUGAGGAUGAGAGUAUUUGAGCUUGAGAAGGAAUGCUCAAACAUGAAGCAGGAGAUUGAGAAGUUGGGUCGCACAGAGGGUUCUAGCACGUGGGGAAGUGUGUCAAAGAAAUUUGGGUUUAAGUUGAAGUCUCAGAUGUGCAGUGCUCAAGCUGAAUCUGUUAGCAACCAGAGUAAUGGUAAUGGGAAGGUUGAGAAGUUGAAGGACAGGCAUGGAAAGCACAAGAACAAUUCAUCUCAUAAUGAUUAAACCUUUUCUAAAUUGUUAUUAUUUUGUAGUAUUUCCUCCAUAAGUUCUUAUCAUUUGUAGUUUCACUUUUUUGUUUUUAAGUUAGAAACUGAGAUUCAACCAAGUAUGAGGGAAAUGAAUGGAAAGAAAGUGUAAUUUGUAACAACUCUCUAUUUUUUUUGCUAAAUAUUUGAAUUAGUUCAUUGUUUGCAGUGUA